AUGAAAGCUGACUGGAAGGAUAUUUAUGACAAGAAGAAGAAAAAAGAUGUGCUAGCUUAUCAGUCCUCUACAUUGCAUGCUGGAACCAAGCCAUUGACCUUCACAUUUGUUCCGUCCAUUGGACAACUUCCAACUCAUUUUGAAGUUGUAGAUGUCUCCAAGUUCCUUGUAAGACUCCCUGAGGACCCAAAGGAUUUGAGCUGUCAAGAAACUACGCAUAAGUCAAACACAGCUGCUGAAGAACCGGCCUUGAAGAGUAGAGCCAGGCAAGACAGUGCCCACAGCGUUCUCCAGCCCCCAAGCGGCAACUCAAACAAAGCAGAAAUGCAGGAGAAUGAUCUCUUUAAGGCCGAGUUUAUCCUGAUUACAGACUCUGGAGAGGAAGAUGAAGUAUCUGCUGCCUCACACAGUGCUCAGCAGGCUCCCAAUGGCUACGGGCCCGUCAGUGCUCGACUGCUGGCUCCGUCCCACGUGUCUGCUGGUGGCGAGGCCAGAAGAACUCCUGGGGAUCUACACGGGUCAAGUGCUUCCCACAGCACUGGCCAGCACCACAAACAGCAGUUAGUUUCUACUCUUUCUACCUCUGAUCAUCUUUCCUCUAAAACGCCUGCUCUCCACUUAAUUUCUCCAACUAAUCCGAAAGUAGUGUGUGGUGACACGGUUAACCUGAAUGAAGCCUCUUCACUGGAAGACUCCCAUARGAGCUGGCAGUCACCAACCGAGUCUUCUAAACAAGAUUCAUCUCUCUACUUUCAGUCUGCUUUCCGUAGCCCACCUCCUUCCAUGUCUAAUAUAUCCACUUCUGCAUUAAACAGUUGUUACUCCAGUUCUCAGUUAUAUAAUAACCUACAAACACCAAGUCUCUCUACCUCUGCCUGUAUUUAUGAAACAAGGGAAUUCACCAAGUCCUCAGUYCCAUUAAAAAGUCCAAGUCCCUCCUCAGGUCUUCCAUAUUCAGCUGAAAUUCAAGCAUCGUCUGCUCAGCCUUUAUCUCCCAGAUCUUCCAAAAGAUUGAAUGCUUUGAGUCCCAUCCCUGUACACAUAAUAACACAUUCAUUAUCCCCUAGCCCUAAACCUUUGUCCCCACCCUCUCUUUAUGGUUCCACUUCAACCAUAGCUAGUGUGAGCGAAUCGUGCACACAAAUGUCAUCUAGAGGAAAUCCAGUAAAAUCAGGAGUUAAACCCCCUCUGCCAACCAGGCUGACUCUCUUAACAGCUAUUUUGAGGUCGGGCUCUUCUCAGCAAAGACCACUCUCCCCUGCUUCCUGCCCUACAUUUUCUCCUGGCUCCCUUGGUUCUUCAACACUCGCAAUAGAUCAGAAGUUCAAAACAACUCCACCAACCCCAAAGAAAUAUGUCUCAAGUCCUUCUAUUGGGCCUGGUUCUCCAAGCAGGGAGGAGAGCUGGCUUUCGGGAUUCUCUCGCCAUGUGUCCUUAUCCUCCCAACCUCACGCAACCCCUCGGGCUAAGUCAUCAUCCCCAAAAAAGCACCUUUCCCACAAAAUGCCUUCUCCAGACUCGUUAAGUCCUCUGUCAUCCCCUGUUGUUUCCCACAGAAAAUCAACUGCAUCUCUACGUUUACAGCCUAUGCUGUCUGCCUCUGCCAUGUCUCCUCGUGCCCUGAAACACUCAUCUCCCUGUCCUCCAGAAGAGAUGCUUUAUCCGCUCUCCACAUCCCAAGGACCUCAGAAGUCGCAGAGGGUGCACACUUACUCACCCAUCUUUACCUGCCAGUCGUAUCCUCUACUUGUUUCUCCUGGUCAGAAUGGCAUGGUCUCUCCCACUCUGGAGAAGGACUCAUCUCCCUCCCCAAGUCUUUCACCUUCGACUUCCAGAUCUAAAUCAAAUUCAUCCCACAGGUCUAAUCAAGAGCUGAGUGCCUCCUCUCCUACCUCUUUAAAUAUCUCAAAGCAUUCAUCCUCCUCUCAGCCUGAUACUGCCUCACCUUUUCCUCAGAGUUAUAGUAUUCAUUCCCAGCCACUGCAGCUUACUUCCUCAUCAAGACGCACAAAUUAUAGAUCUAAUUCCUACUCUCCAAGUCCCAAGCAGUCUGUCACCUCACCAGUACUAAAGUGCAGGUCUCCUGUCUCAGACAACUCACCAUGCACACUGCUAUCAAGACCCAGAGAGCUGACUUCACCACAAUCCUUUUCCCUGCCUUCUGACAAUGAGAACAUCAAACCCAAGCAGUACAAGAUCAAGACAAGCUACAAGGCAUUUGCAGCAAUCCCUACAAACACAUUACUAAUGGAACAGAAGGCAUUAGAUGAGCCAUCCAAGCCUGCUGAGACUAAAGGCGUUACUUUGGACACUCAUUCAGAGAUGUGCUCCCCUGCCCAACUCCGACAACAAACAGAAGAGUUGUGUGCUGUCAUUGAUCAGGUCCUACAGGAUCCAUUGCCCAUGCGCCGAUGUGAAUCCUCUCCAAGUUUCUUGCAGACCACCAUGGAGUCAGAUGUUGGCAAGAUGUCAACAACUCURCAGAGAGCAGCCGGACGUGAAACCAGAUAUGCCAGUCUUUACAAAUCAGCACCAAUGGUGACAGAAAGCCAGACGGUCAAGACAAAACCUGGUGUCAUUCGUCCAGUACUGGUGAAAACACUGAAAAAGGAAGAGCCCUAUCAACCAAACCCUUUUAAAAAGUAUCUUGAAGAAAUCAGUGAUCAAGAUACUGAGCAGCCCAGUCAUCCCAUAGUGCCUAUUCCAGAAAAUGAAACGCUCAGUUCUGAGGAGGUAAUCCGUUGA